CCCGAUUCAUCGACACACACUCUCCGCAAUAUAAGCUAAUAGAUAGAUACCACUAUCUUAAAACAUUUUACUUCCUCUCUUUGCUCUCCCUUCUUCAAAUUACUUACCACUGACGACGCCAUUUUAUCAUGAAUGGGUAUAAGGAUGACAGUUACAGCUGCUAUUUCCAUCCUAAACAACAGGUUAUCGGGGUUUGCCCUUUGUGCUUAAAUGAUAGGCUUCUUCUCCUAGCUUCAAAGCAACCCCGACACUCUUCUUCUUCAUCCUCAUCUUCUACCAGAGGCAGCCAUGGAUUUAUUCAAGGUUUUUCACUAAAGAAACCACCCAUCAACAAGCUCCCUAAGAUCUUUGCUUUAGGCUCAUUGCUCAAUCAUCUUGAGUUCAAGCAUUGGAAACCUGGAAAUUCUGAUGAUGAUGUUCUUGAUGUUUCAACCAGUCAAGAAGACUCCUUUAUCUCUAUCAAGUUUGAAGAGAAUGGUGUUGGUUCAUGGGAAAAUGGCAAAGUUUCCAAGGGCUCAAUUGAGCAUUGCAGCAAGUCCUGGAACCCCACCUUGACAAAGGCGAUCACCAAGGAACCAAAUCUGACCAGUAAGACUGUGAUAGAGCAUGCGAAACCGCGUGCCUCGCUUAAGUGGCGAAAGUGGAUUGGUCAACUGUCCCAGCUCAUCAAGUGGAAGCGGUCCAGCAAGGCCACUGUGUGCCACAUGGGAAGUAAGGUAAAUGGAAUCAACUUGAUGGGGAAGGGCUGGAUAGGGACUCUGACAAAGAGGACCAAAGAAUAAAGAGUGUUUUAGUAGAGAAAGGGACACUAAAAACCUCCACCAUGCAUACCAAUUUGUGAGUUGGGGCUCUCAUUUGUGAUAGUGAAGUUGUAUUACAAUCGAGAUAUAUAGUAGAGUCAAAAUAUACUUUUGCUACCUAAAA